AUGAACUUCCUCCAUUGGGGGUCUUUGUUCCUCAGCAUCCUUUGGGCCUCCGCGGUAGCUGCUAUUCCAUCACGAACCAUCGAUAAACGGGCAUCCAGUCCCUAUGUGAGCACCAACGGCCCUGACUUUGUAGUGAACGGGAGUUCAUUGAAGUACAUCGGUACUAACGCUUAUUGGCUCCCUACGCUAAACACGAAUGAGGAUAUAUGGAAUACGCUGGCGAAUAUAUCAGCUCUUGGCAUCAAGGUCGUCAGACUAUGGGCAUUCAAUGAUGUGGACACCAUUCCCGUGAAUGGCACUUGGUUCCAACUCAUCCAGAAUGGCACCGUAUCUGUCAACGCUGGACCGAACGGUCUCCAAAAGCUUGACACAAUCAUCCAAAUGGCUGAACAACAUGGCCUAUACAUCAUUCUAUCUCUUACGAACAACUGGAACCCUGUGCCACUCCAGAACGACACCCUUCCUCGCAAUUAUCUAUCUAACAAUUACGGUGGCAUGGAUUCAUAUGUUCGCCAAUUCGGCCUCCAAACUCAUGACGAGUUCUAUACCAAUUCAUCGGUAUUAACGUCUUUCAUGAAUUACACGACACAAGUGGUCUCCCGCUACGUGAAUAGUGCAUCGGUCUUCAGUUAUGAGUUGGCUAAUGACGCCAGAUGCAACUCUACCUUGCCAGCAUCUCCUACCUGUACGACAGAAACGAUCACGGCCUGGCAUGCGACGGUAGCCGCGCACAUCCGCAGCAUUGAUCCAAACCACCUCAUCUCUUCGGGUGUCGGAGGAUACUUGUGUACAGAUUGCCCGAAAUUGUACCCUCUGACCCCAGCACCAGCUCCAUCACCAGCUCCUGGAAAAAAGAAGCGUAGCCAAGCAAAACCUGUGACCAAGAAGCAAAUUAUUCGAGAACAAUCUGAGAGGAGACGCCGCAACAGAGAAGCUGCGAAACGUGCGGGGACCCUGGUGGAAGACGGUGUGCGAGUAAGAGGACGGUGGGUUUCGACAGCUACCAAGAGGCAACAGGCUUCGACCUCGGGGUCACUGUAUGACGGUUCAUACGGCGUCGACAGUCAAGACAUCUCGAACAUUCCAGAUAUCGGGUUCUCUUCAUUCCAGCUAUUCCCCGACCAGCAAUCAUAUGGUCCUGAUGACCCAAAUGUUGCGCCUUGGCAAAGCGUAGAGCAAAUCGGUGUCCAGUGGAUCACCACUCAGGCCCAAAGUGCAUCUGCCGUCGGAAAACCAUCGGUGCUCACUGCCUUUGGUCUAGUUACGCAAUCCAAUGCUCCUGACUUCGUGCCAUUCAACUCUACGGUUGCUCCAUUUGCUACCAACAAUGUUAUGAAGCGACAAAGCUCGCUUGGCUAUGGUGUGACCAGCCAACAGCAAGCAGAAACUUACACGACAUGGCUUGAUACUGGUAUUGCUGCGGGACUCAACGGCAUAGUGCAGUACCAAUGGGGUCAGUCCGGCCUCACAGCUGAACCGGGUACUACCAUCACUCCUUCUACUACCACUGGAGAGUCGCCUACGCCGAGCAGCUCAGGAGAGACACCCACUCCCGAAGAAACUACUGGCGAGUCCCCCAAUGAUGGUUACGCUAUUACCGGCUCGACUACUGUUCAGCAAAUCCUUGGGAACGCGGCCCAAUCCAUUGCCGCGGACUGA